AUGGCGAUUGGAAAGAACAAGCGCAUGAGCAAGGGCAAGAAGGGAGGGAAGAAGAAGGUGGGAGAUCCCUUCUUGAAGAAGGAGUGGUAUGACUUGAAGGCUCCAUCCCUCUUCCAGCAGCGCAACUUCGGCAAGACGCUCGUCACCAAAUCAGCGGGGACUAAGCUUGCGGUGGACUCGCUGAGGGGCCGCGUCUAUGAGGUGAAUCUGGCUGAUCUCAAUCUGGAUGAGGACCAAGGGUUCAGAAAAAUCAAGCUACAAUGCGAGGAGAUCCAGGGCCGGAGCUGCCUUACGGACUUCCAUGGCAUGAAUAUCACCAGGGAUAAGCUGUGCUCCCUCAUCAGAAAGUGGCACUCCCUCAUUGAAGCCUUCGUAGAUGUCCAGACACUCGACGGAUACACGCUCCGCAUGUUCUGCAUCGCUUUCACCGAAAGACGGCAAAACCAGAUCAAGAGCACCUGCUAUGCACGCUCGUCUCAGAUCCGGGCGAUCAGGAAGAAGAUGGUGAGCAUUAUGGCCGCCGAGGCAUCCAAGUGCCAACUGCGUGAUUUGGUGAAGAAGUUUAUACCCGAGUCCAUCGGAAAGAGCAUCGAGGCCGCAUGCAGGAGCAUAUUCCCUCUUCAGAACGUCCUGAUCCGCAAAGUGAAGGUCAUCAAAAAGCCCAAGUUUGACUUGACCAAGCUAAUGGAGCUUCAUGGCGACACGUCCGAGGACGUGGGCAAGAAGGUUGUCAUCGAGUCUGCUGCCUCGCAGAACACCUUGACAGCCGAAAUCAAGGCCUAA